AGGGAGGGAAAGGGGCGGGGCUAGCGUCAGAGUGGGAUACAACAGCACACUCUCUCUCUCUCUCUCUCUCUCUCUCUCUCUCUCUCUCGUUCUUUCUCUUUCUAAGCAAGAACGAUAUAGAUAUAGUAGCACGCGCGGUCUCGGCUUGGCGUCGGUUAUGUUAUAUUCGCAUAUACGCGUUUUCUUCAGUUUCAUAUUAUCUGCUACAUAAAAGCAACAAGUGUAAACAGUGAAAUACACAGUUAAAUAAUGGAUCUCACUAGUUCAUCCACCGACGAUGAAAAAAUUAUUCCAAAAAAAGUUUUAGUUCUAUCAGAAAAUUAUGAACCAACCAAUGCUGCCACACUUCUACAAUAUACAGGAGGAGCAGCACUACUUGGACUCGAUACGCACAAAAUUCCACUUAUUUUGUCUGGAGACAUUAAUAUUAAUUUUGCAGAUGACAAAUCGGAGCCGUUAAAAAAAUUUCUUAUAGACAAAUUUAAUUUAACAAUGAACAACAGUUCUUCACAAUCGACGACUAACUAUGGCACCACCAUCGAUGCCGUUUUCUCUAGAUUUAUUGAUAAUAUACAGUCAGAAACAUAUACAUGUUAUUUUAGUUACCACAAACCUAUCGUAUCCAUUAUCAACUGUGAUAAAUAAAUCCAUAUACAUUAAAUUGUAUUAUUCUUUGUACAUAUUAAAAAUAAGACUUUCAAAAAUAAA